UUUGCUUCUUUCCAAAUUCUGGUAGCCAUGGGAUCUUAUGACGCCACAUCUCCUCCACCUGCCACUGCCGGACCACCAGGGAAACAGUCAGAACCACCACCAAAACACAAUGGUAAUUCAAGUCCAGUGGUCGCUGUUGUGGGUUUAAGGAUGUUUCUAUUCACCACAGCUUUGGUUGCAAUCAUUGUUAUGGUCACUUCUAAACAAACCAAACUGAUUCCAGUUGCCCCAGGCGUGGCAAUACCAUUGUCUGCAAAAUUAAAUUAUGUCCCAUCUCUCAUAUACUUGGUAACAGCGCUCUCAGUUGCUUGCUUAUACAGCAUCGUCUCAAGCGUGAUAUCCGUUUUGGCACUUAUGAAGCCAGGAGGAAGCUCCACAAAACUGCAGCUUCAUUUUGUGAUGAUUGAUGCUUUGCUAUUAGGGAUUCUGGCUUCAGCAACAGGAGCAGCAAUCGGAGUGGCAUAUAUUGGAUUCAAAGGGAACUCUCAUACCAGAUGGAACAAGGUGUGUAAUACAUAUGAUUCCUUCUGCCUACGCAGUGCUGUCUCUCUUAUUCUAUCACUCGUGUCCUCUAUAACACUUCUACUACUGGUUUGGCUCUCCAUUCACAUGCUUUACAAGAAGACCACAAGGAGAUAAUUUAAUCAACACCAAAUAUAUUUACUUCCCAUGUACGUACGUACCAGUUUCAUGUUAUUGUUUUGCGUCAAUAAAAUUCAGUCUGUAUAUGUUCUUCGUUGUGACCAUUUGGCUUUGGGAAGAUGAUACGACACUGUUGAUUGCUUUUUCAUACCAAGGCCUUACAUGUCCUAUGUCAUUGUAGGUACGCAAU